UGACAACAAACCUACUGUGAUUGUCACAUUUAUUCGUCAUGGGGAGAGCAUGGACAACCUGCGCGCGGUGUGGGCUGGAUGGUCAGAUGCACCUCUUUCCAAUCAUGGAAUGAACCAAGCUAGAGCCAUGGGCGAAUACUUCACCCAGACCAACACGAAGUUCACCGCGAUUCAUGCUUCUACUCUCAAACGGGCGUUCAGCACUGCCCAGGCCUUGUAUGACGCGCAACCCGAACCGAAGCCCACAUUCAGCAAAUCUCUACUACUAAGAGAACAGCAUUUUGGUAUCGCGGAGGGUAGACCGUGGACGUUCACUGGCGAAGAGGACCUUACUCUCGAACAGCAGUUCGCUCGCGGUAUAUUCCCCGUCCUGAAGGGAAACGCUGCGAAAUUCCCUGAGGGAGAAUCUCUCGAUGACCUCGCUGACCGUGCCGAAAAGGCUAUCAACGAGCUCGUCCUCCCGCACAUCCGCACCGCUGCCCUCGAAGGCCACAAGAACGUCCACAUCGCCCUUGUCAGCCAUGGUCUCUGUAUCAGCAAGCUCAUUGAGAGGCUAUUGGUGAAGGAUAGUGAAGACCCUCAAUCCGGUGAUUUUAGAGGAUUAUUGAACACUGCAUGGACAAGACUUGAGGUAGAGGUCAGGGGCCAGAAAGAGGGAGAGAAGAUGCAGCUUGCAGAGGGAGAAGUACCACCGCUCGCAGUCAGGUGUACUCUUGUCAAUCAACACUCCCACAUCAACGCUGUCAAACGUCAACAAGGUGGGAUCGGCAGCUCUGCCUACGACCCGAAGCAGAAGAAGAUUCAAGAUUUCUUCGGGGGUAAGACUUCGAGUAGUAACACCGAGGCGGAGGAGACGGUGGCGCUGCCUGUUUCGGAGAGUAAUGCGCAUGAUGAGGUUGGGGAGGGUAAGCCGACCACGUCGCAGUUGUAAUUUAGACGUAGGUGUAGUACGUUGGUCUCGUAGAUGUCUGGCUGUGUAUGAUGCUCGAGGACUGUUGUAUAGAGCAGUAGAAUGUAGAAAAUCACUUCGACCGC